AUGGAGUCUGAUACAGUACCUUCGCCGCAGAUCUCGGAUACUGGCCUCGAGAUACGCCUGGCAGGCCGACAGUAUCGCAACGCCCGAAUGUCGGUUCAGGGGACAAUCUCUUUACUGACUAGAGAUCGGCCUCUCGAGAAGAUCUUCGCACACGAACGUUCUGCACACCCACUUGCACCAAACUGGGUAACCCUAACCCUGAUUCUCGCCUUGGAUGCUGAUGGCAUCGCUGUCUCCAACGAGCUAGAUCUUAGUCACUAUGUGGACACUCGGCUCUCAAAAAACGAUGCAUACAUCGAAUGCCCAUCUACUUGCACGAAACUAGAGGUACGACUCCGCCUGCCUACGGCACACCCACCCUACAAAGAUCCCUGCCCUACUCUACGUCAACAGCCGGUGCAUCUACAGCAGAUCAAGAUACGACAUUUAGCAUUUUCGAGCGACGUGUAUCACGAUUCUACAGCUGGAGGUUCGAGAGAUGAAUUCGGUAGAGUCGUUUCCGAGUAUGCCGGCACAGUCUUCAAGCUACGUACGCCCGAUGGGACGGCUGGCAUCUACUCCUGA